AUGUUUCAAGAUAGGCGUUGGCUCCGCCAGCCUUGGCCGUCUGCUCCACUCAAACGCGUUCUACCCCUCAACGUCUUCCUCGAUUUAGGAUUUCUAUUGAAAUUCUCAAUUGGGAAACUGAAACAGCAACCAAAACUGUACAGGGUGUAAUUUGAAAUAAAAGUUGGGUCUAACAGGUUGAAGGUUCCUCAAAUUGGGAAAUACAGGCAGUUUCCAAGCUAUGGGUUUGCUUACUACCAACUAUGGCCGCCAUUCCUCCAUGGGUGGGAUGUUUGUUGGCUUUCAUGGUGCUCGAAAGCUUUUACCCACGAAAUUACUCAGUGUAAGAUACCCAAAAUUGAUGUUGCAGCGUUGGCAUGCCUUGGGAGCAAAGGCCUUGGCAACUCGUAAAUCUGUAAAGAAACCGAAAAGGCAGGUUCAACAGCGUAAAGAUGUAGUUCUGGAGACAAAGAAGAGUUUAUCAGAAGGGAACAGUGUAAUAGCUGAUCAGUCUUCCCCCAAAGAUGAUAGUGUUACAGAUGGGAGUAAUGCUUAUGAUAAUUCAACUGCAAAGAAUUCAAUUUCUGUAGCUUCCCGGGGAAAUGUGCUUCAGGCUUGCACCAUCACUUCUGGAUUGUUGGCUGCUUUGGGUUUAAUAAUUCGACAGGUAUCUCAUGUUGCAUCAAUUGAAGGGUUGCCGAUUCUUGAUAGCUCUUUGGAAGUAUCAUUUGGUUUUGAGAUGUGGCAUCUUGGGCUGAUUAUUGGGUUGGUUAUAUUAGUAUCAUCAUGCCGAUACCUACUACUGAAGUCAUGGCCAGAUUUUGCUGAGUCCAGUGAAGCAGCCAAUCAGCAGGUUCUUACUUCUCUUCAACCUUUGGAUUAUUUAGUGGUUGCAUUUUUGCCCGGAGUUAGUGAGGAACUUUUUUUCCGUGGUGCUCUGCUGCCAGUUUUUGGAUUCGAUUGGAAGAGCGUCAUCCUAGUUGCUGCUGUAUUUGGUGUUCUUCACUUGGGCAGUGGUAGAAAGUAUUCCUUUGCAGUGUGGGCAACUUUUGUCGGGUUCGUGUAUGGUUAUGCAACAAUUGUAUCCUCUAGCAUCAUUGUCCCAAUGGCUUCCCAUGCAUUAAACAAUCUGAUCGGAGCCAUCUUGUGGCGCCAGACACCAAAGUCAUUAGAAUAGGGUAUUAGAUGAACUCAGUCUUCCUGAUUUCUGGAAUUGUAUGCAAUUCGACAUGCCAAAUCUGUAAAGUCCUUCCUUAUAACUAACCUUACCCAGAAGGCAAAGUGUAAUGUAACAUAAAGUAACAUGCAUAUUUCAUAGUAUUAAACUCGAUUAAGCAUA